AUGGUCACACACACCGAGCCUCAAGAAGAUCUUGAAAGGCCAUUACUCGCCGAUUCUCCAGAGCCAAGCUAUGAAGCCAUAGUGGCGCCCACGGGCGCGUCGGAUGCAGCGCCUCGCGCUACGUUCAGGCGGAAUCUCGGGGCCGUGGAAGCAUUUGGCAUCGUCAUCAGUAUUGUGAUCGGCAGUGGAGUCUUCACAUCUCCCGGUGCUAUCGAUACCAACGUUCCAUCACCCGGCGCUGCUCUCAUUGUGUGGCUCGUGGGAGGACUGCUGGCUUGGACCGGGGCGACCACGAUGGCCGAGCUCGGCACAGCAAUUUCCGGUGAAGGGGGUGUCCAGCCGUAUCUACAGUAUGCUUUUGGCGACAUUUUCGGGUUCCUGGCAGCGUGGACCUGGAUCAUCGCGGUGAUGCCGGCCACGCUUGCCAUCCUCAGCAUUGUUUUUAUUGAAAGCAUCUACUCCGCUGCUGGGAUAACGGAUCAGGCAGCUUCCAUCCAACACAAGCUUCUCUCAAUUCUGGUGUUGAUCGCGAUCGGUGUGGCCAACUCAAUCAGUACCAAAGUGAGCACACGUUUGAGCAGUUUCUUCGUGACGACAAAAUUUGUUACGAUCACUGGCAUCGUGAUUGCAGGCCUUCUGGUAGUGAUUGUCCACUUGUCAAGUACACACUGGGACGGACCAGCAACCGAUUGGUACAGCAAGUCGUGGUUUGGCUACCGCGACACCCUGGCUCCGGAUGGUAAAGAGAUUCAUUGGAGCGACCUGGCUGGAUGGGAAAUGCUCGGUCACUAUUCAGCUGCCCUCUAUGGUGCACUGUGGGCGUACUCCGGCUGGGACAAAGCAGCAGAGCUAUCUGCACCGGCCACCCAGCUUCCACUCGCCAUUAACAUGGCAGUUCCCAUCGUCAUUCUUUGCUUUAUCGCAGCUAAUACGGCAUACUACAUUCUUCUUCCGUGGAGCGUAGUGUCAACAACAGAUAGCGUUGCAGUGACUGCGAUCACUCAUCUCUUAGGUCCAGUAGCGGGCGUUAUCGCAGCGGUCUUGAUCUGUCUUGUAGUAGCCGGCUCCUUGCUGGGAAAUUCGUUCGUCGCUGGCCGCAUGAUCGUCGCAGCGUCUAAUUCAAACUGGCUGCCCAGGUUUCUAGGGAUUAUCGGACGAUUGAGGUCUCCAUCUGCUGAGAAUGGCCCUUCACUUCCGUCCGAUGCCGAGACUUCGAGCGGGAAGUCGGACGCACCGAUCAAUGCGAUCGUCUUGUCUACCGCACUUCCUAUCUUCUACAUUCUGUUCGGGGACUUUCGGGCGCUUCUGACCUUUAAUGGGCUGGGGGAGUACACGUUCUUCUUAUUGACUGUCCUCGGGGCGAUCAUCUUGCGAUUCCGAGAACCAGGUCUGCGCCGCCCCUACAAGCCCUCUAGUAUAAUUCCCAUCACCUUUGCCAUAGUUAGUGGGUUUGUGGUGGUCCGAGGAGCCAUUUUCGCCCCUGUGCAGGCUUUAGUUCUGCUAUCGCUGUGGAUCAUUGGAGUGGGUUAUUAUGAGGUCCGAAAAAGAUGGGCAGUGGACCGAAAUGCAUAA